AUGAAACGGUUUUUGGUCACACCAGGCCAUUUAAAAUCAACUGCUGUUUCAACCGUUUCGGUUUCUGAGACUGAUGACCCCGGAUCAAGUGCUCGUACAUCAACGUCAGAUAAUAAUAAACAGUUGAAUUUAACCAUUUUUGAUAUAAGUGUGACUAGUGAUAAAACCGCCGUACAACCUGUAGUUAGUUUUCUUCGUACUCUUAUAUCUUUGAAGCAACGCAGCUUUCAAAGAAGUUGGUACAAUAAGUAUCUAUGGUUGGAAUACUCUAUUAAGAUGAACGCCGUAUUUUGUUAUUAA